GCAGCCGCAGCCGGCCGCGCGGUGGGCUUCCCGGGGCUGUAGCAGGGACUCUCCCGCGCCUGUGCUUUCGUGCGCCCCGGCUUGCUCCCCGCUGCGUCGGUCCGCUGGCCGGUCCGGCUGAGCUGCUCGUCCUUCGGCUCCGGACCGAGUCUCCACGGUCACCGCAGGGCCCCGCCCACCAAACCCUGCCCGGGGCUGCCUGUCUGCCCGUUUGGACCUUGCUGUUGAUGACACCUGGCGGAAGGCUGCCAUGGAGGGGGAUGGUUCAGAUCCACUGGUUACCAUCAAGAAUAUCGAAAGAGAGCUCAUUUGCCCUGCAUGCAAGGAGCUGUUUACCCACCCAUUGAUUCUCCCUUGUCAACAUAGUAUCUGUCAUAAAUGUGUGAAAGAACUCUUACUGACUCUUGAUGAUUCAUUCAAUGACAUGGGAUCAGACAACUCCAAUCAGAGCAGUCCUCGACUUUGGCUCCCUUCUUCUAGCCUGGAUAAGAUUAACAGACCAGCAUCACAACGAAGAUCUUUGGGGUGGAGAGGCUGGAAGCGCACUUCAUUGACCCCUAGAACAACUGUUUUUCCUUGCCCUGGCUGUGAGCAUGAUGUGGAUCUUGGAGAACGAGGAAUCAACGGUCUGUUUCGAAAUUUCACUUUGGAAACUAUUGUCGAAAGAUACCGGCAAGCAGCUAGGGCAGCCACAGCCAUUAUGUGUGACCUUUGUAAACCGCCACCUCAGGAAUCCACAAAAAGUUGCAUGGACUGUAGUGCAAGCUACUGCAAUGAAUGCUUCAAAAUUUAUCAUCCUUGGGGUACUGUAAAAGCUCAGCAUGAAUAUGUGGGCCCAACCACUAAUUUUAGACCCAAGAUUUUAAUGUGCCCAGAACAUGAAACGGAGAGAAUAAAUAUGUACUGUGAAUUAUGUAGGAGGCCAGUUUGUCAUCUCUGUAAGUUAGGUGGUAAUCAUUCCAAUCAUCGUGUGACCAGUAUGAGCAGUGCCUAUAAAACCUUAAAGGAAAAGCUUUCAAAGGAUAUUGAUUACCUUAUUGGUAAGGAGAGCCAGGUGAAGAGUCAAAUUUCUGAACUAAACUUGUUAAUGAAAGAAAUGGAGUGUAAUGGAGAGAGGGCUAAAGAAGAAGCAAUUAUACAUUUUGAAAAGCUCUUUGAAAUUCUAGAAGAGAGGAAGUCAUCUGUUUUGAAAGCAAUUGAUGCUUCUAAGAAACUAAGAUUAGACAAAUUUCAGACUCAAAUGGAAGAAUAUCAGGGACUUCUAGAGAACAAUGGGCUGGUGGGAUAUGCUCAAGAAGUGCUUAAGGAGACGGAUCAGUCUUGCUUUGUACAGACAGCAAAACAACUCCACCUCAGAAUACAGAAGGCUACAGAAUCUUUGAAGAGCUUUAGACCUGCAGCUCAGACUUCUUUUGAAGACUAUGUUGUUAAUACAUCUAAACAAAUGGAUCUUCUUGGAGAACUGUCCUUCUUCUCUAGUGGCAUAGAUGUUCCAGAGAUCAAUGAGGAACAGAGCAAAGUUUAUAACAAUGCCUUGAUAAAUUGGGACCAUCCAGAAAAGGAUAAAGCUGAUAGCUAUGUACUUGAAUAUCGGAAGAUUAAUAGAGAUGAUGAAAUAUUGUCAUGGAAUGAGAUAGAAGUGCAUGGCACGAGUAAAGUUGUUUCAGAACUUGAAAGCAAUUGCAGCUAUGCUUUUAGAGUGAGAGCCUACAAGGGUUCAAUCUGUAGUCCUUGCAGCAGAGAAUUGAUUCUUCAUACUCCUCCAGCUCCAGUUUUCAGUUUCCUCUUUGAUGAAAAAUGUGGCUAUAAUAAUGAACACCUCCUGCUGAACUUGAAGAGAGACCGGGUAGAGAGCAGAGCUGGAUUUAAUCUUCUACUUGCUGCUGAACGUAUCCAAGUGGGUUGUUACACAAGCUUGGACUACAUCAUUGGAGACGUUGGAAUUACAAAAGGGAAACACUUUUGGGCCUUCCGUGUGGAACCGUAUUCAUACUUGGUAAAAGUGGGAGUUGCUUCCAGCAAUAAACUACAAGAAUGGCUCCAUUCUCCCCGGGAUGCGGUUAGUCCAAGAUAUGAGCAAGACAGUGGGCAUGACAGCGGAAGUGAAGAUGCCUGUUUUGAUUCUUCACAGCCCUUCACAUUAGUUACUAUAGGCAUGAAGAAAUUUUUUAUACCCAAGUCACCUACUUCUUCUAAUGAACCUGAACAUCGAGUUCUUCCCAUGCCAACAAGUAUAGGGAUUUUCCUUGACUAUGAUAAAGGCAAAGUGGGUUUCUAUGACAUGGAUCACAUGAAAUGCCUUUAUGAGCGCCAAGUGGACUGUUCACAUACCAUGUAUCCAGCAUUCGCAUUAAUGGGCAGUGGAGGAAUUCAACUUGAAGAACCCAUCACAGGAAAAUGUCUGGAAUACCUAGAGAACAUGUAGUUUAAACAUCCGAUGUGGCUGAGGAUGAAAGUGUGAGCAAAACAAUGCCUUAGUGUUAACCUUCGUAACUAAUCACACAUCAUCUAAGUAUUUGGUCACUACCUUUGUUUUUUGUGUAUGAUUCUUCUUAAAACACAGAAAACCUAAACAGCCUUGUCUCUUCCAUGUUGGUGUUCUGCCUUUCACAAAUGAUGGGAAGGAAGACGUUCUUUCCUAGUUAAUGAUUAAUGGUUUCCUAGUUAAUUGAAAUGUUUAACUUUGCAACUGGAUUCUCUUUCCUUUUAUGCACAGUAAAUCUUAUGUCAGCUGGUAUUGCUGAUACUUAACAUUCCUGUUUUGGGAGGGGGUACAAAAGUAUUUAUUUUGGUUUUUUUUUUUUUUUUUUUUGGUUUUUUAUUUUUAUAUCCUGUUUAUAUCCUAAGAGAAGAUAUUUUUUAAAUGCCUUAUGGAUAGAAAUGAGUACUAAACAGUGUGUCUUGCAUUUGUUUUUAAUAGGAAAACAUUAUAGAUAGGUAAGAAGAAAAGGACCAUAAAAUGGUAGUAUAUUUAAGUGGAAAAUUAUGUAUUUUAAAGUUUGUAACUAAGUAUUAAGAGUAUAUUGCCUAGAAAAUGACUACUGCUGUUUUGUUUUUUGUUUGACUACAAGUUGUAUUGAACAUUUUUAAGAGUUCCCUUAGCUGUAAUACCCAUUAACUGGCAUGUGUAGUAAACAUGGUUUCUUGCAGGAAACACAAAGUUCUUAAGAACCACAUGAAACUUUUCACUUCCUAUAUUUUUUUCCAGUAAAAUUUAUCUUCAGUUUUUCUUACUCUGUGAACAUACUUGUGCUUGUAUCAAAUAAUUAUUUUUCAGAAAUAUUAGUGAAGGUGGGCUGAUAUCUAACACAUAUUGGUUCUCUUGCACUCUUCUUGUGUCUUGUGAUUUUCAUUUUUUGGCACAAAUAGUACAUAUCAGAUUUUCCUGAUUUAUGUUUACAUGUUUGAAAAGUUCAGGAUAUAUUUUUAGUAGCAUUAAAUAUAUUAUAAAAUGUGGAGUAAUUGACCAUAUGGCAUUUUCU